CUCCUGUCUCUCCUCUCUCUAGCGUCUAACUGCAACCAUAUCUCAUUCUUCAGCCUGAUGUCACACACAAAAGUCCAGAAGUUCCUAAUCGAUAAGAAGUCCUCAGGAGCAGAGGGAGCUCAUCUAACUAGGCAUUCUCAUGAUGUGGCUGUUUUUAACAACAACCUGUUUGAUUUAUGGAACGUUAAAUGCUGGUGGAUUCUUUAAUUUGGAAAAUGAAGUGAAUCCUGAAGUGUGGAUGAAUAUUAGUGAAAUCAUCACCUAUAAUGGCUACCCCAGUGAGGAGUAUGAAGUCACCACUCAAGAUGGGUACAUACUCAGUGUCAACAGAAUUCCCUAUGGGCGAAGAGAUACUAAGAGCACAGGUGCCCGGCCAGUCGUGUGCAUGCAGCAUGCCCUGUUUACAGACAGUGCCUCCUGGCUUGAGAAUUAUGCCAAUGGCAGCCUUGGGUUCCUUCUAGCAGAUGCAGGUUAUGAUGUAUGGAUGGGAAACAGUCGAGGGAACACUUGGUCAAGAAGACACAAAACACUCUCAGUGACCGAAGAGGAAUUCUGGGCCUUUAGUUUUGAUGAAAUGGCCAGAUAUGAUCUCCCAGCAGUAAUAGACUUCAUCAUAAGUAAAACUGGUCAGGAGAAGUUGUAUUUCAUUGGACAUUCACUUGGAACUACAAUAGGGUUUGUAGCCUUUUCCACCAUGCCUGAACUGGCACAAAGAAUCAAAAUGAAUUUUGCCUUGGGUCCUGUUGUCUCUUUGAAAUAUCCCACGAGCAUUUUUACCAGUUUUUUUCUACUUCCAAAUUCCAUAAUCAAGAGUUUUUUUGGUACCAAAGGUUUACUUCUAGGAGAUAAGAUAGGGAAGAUAUCUUCUACGAAAAUUUGCAACAAUAAAAUAUUAUGGAUGUUGUGUAGCGAAUUUAUGUCCUUAUGGGCUGGAUCCAACAAGAAAAAUAUGAAUAUGAGUCGAAUGGAUGUGUACAUGUCACAUGCUCCCACUGGAUCCUCAGUACAGAAUAUCCUGCAUAUAAAACAGCUUUACCAAUCUGAUGAAUUCAGAGCUUAUGAUUGGGGAAGUGAAGCCAAGAACAUGCAUCACUAUAAUCAGAGUCGUCCCCCACUGUAUGACUUGACUGCCAUGAAAGUGCCAACUGCUAUUUGGGCUGGUGGACAUGAUGCCCUUGUAACUCUCCAGGAUGUGGCCAGGAUACUCCCCCAAAUCAGGAAUCUCCGUUACUUAGAACUAUUGCCAGAUUGGAACCACUUUGAUUUCAUCUGGGGCCUUGACGCUGCUCAAAGAGUAUACAGUAAAAUCAUAGAAUUGAUGAAGGCAUAUCCCCACCUGUAAUAAUCUACUUUUCAGUUAAAAAUUGCUUCCAAGCUCUUAAGAGGCUUUGGGGAAAAUACUAAACAGCAGUGAGGUUACUCCUGCAUCCUCUACCCUGUUGCUGUUUGUCAGGUGAUCCCCUAUCAUGGCAUCCCAACUAGGAAUUAUCUCAACUACACUGCUCUUUCUCUAAAAAAUGCACACAUCUGAAAUCUCAGAAUCUCUUCCUCUCAGUCAGCACUAGGUCCUCUUUUUCAUCCAAGGUAAUCUAGUAAGCUCUUCUCGUAAACUACACUUGGGAGAGGAAUUAAAAGAGAGCUUUUUCUUUCCUAUUUCAAAUACAAGCAUGUCUCAUUUUAUUGUGCUUUACUUUAUUGGGCUUUGCAGAUAUCAUGUUUUUUACAAGACCCUCUGCCAGCAAAAAAGUUGCAACUCGCUGAAGACUCAGAUGAUGGCUAGCAUUAUUUAGCAAUAAAGUGUUAUUUAAUUA